AUGGAGGACCAGCAAGCAUCGAGGCAAGACUAUGGAACUCUUCCACCGAGUGCCAGUGGCAGCUUCCAUCCUUUUACCGUCAACACGCCCCAAACUGAACUUGACAAUCUGAAGACAUUACUACGCCUGAGUAGACUCGGUCCGCCAUCAUACGAGAACAGUUUACCGGAUCGCCGCCUAGGGCUAUCAUUUGACUGGCUGCAAAAUGCAGUGAAGCAUUGGUCUGAGCAAUUUGACUGGCGAAAGUCUGAAGAACACAUCAAUUCCUUUCCCAACUUUGUUUCUCCCAUUCGCGAUGAUGAUGGCAAGGUCUAUGACAUACAUUUCGUGGGACUGUUCUCCAAAAGAAGAGAUGCCAUACCGCUGCUGCUCUUGCACGGAUGGCCAGGGAGCUUCCUCGAAUUCCUGCCAAUACUGGACAAACUGCGGCGACAGCACCGCCCUGACACGUUCCCCUACCACGUUGUUGUCCCUUCUCUACCCGGAUAUGCAUUUUCGACCGCAGCGUCAGUCGACAAAGAUAUGUGUUUGGAGGAUACUGCCCGGCUGCUCAACAAGUUGAUGAUUGCGCUCGGGUUUGGAUUCGAAGGGUACAUCGUGCAGGGAGGCGACGUCGGGAGCAAGGUGGCUCGCGUGAUUGCCGCAGAGCAUGACGCCUGUAAAGCAAUCCAUAUCAACUUCUGCAUCAUGGCGGAACCCGACCACAUCGACGAAAACAUUCCGAUCUCUGCUGCUGAACGGAAGGGCCUGCGUCGCGCGAAUGACUUCAAAACGUUUGGCAGUUCAUAUGCCUUGCAGCAUGCGACGCGUCCCAGUACGAUUGGCUUUGCGCUAAGCAGUAAUCCUGUAGCCUUGCUUGCAUGGAUAUCGGAAAAAUUUCUUGACUGGAGUGACGAAGAGCCUCCUCUUCAUGUCAUCCUGGAAUCAGUGACUCUGUAUUGGCUGACCGGUUGUGCGGCAUCGGCAUUGUGGCCCUAUCGACAGCUGUUCACCCCAGGCGUUAUCGGAGCGCAUGAAAACCCUGCCUGGCAUAUCCCGCACGGCAAACCAUUCGGGUACUCAUGGUUCCCAAUGGAGCUGGCCCCAAUCCCUCGCGCGUGGGCAGCAACCACUGGCAAUCUCACCUUUUACCGACAACACGAUCAGGGCGGCCACUUUGCGGCGGUUGAAAAGCCUGACGAAUUGUUGAACGAUUUCUCGGACUUUGUGCGACAGGCAUGGACAAAUAAGACCACCUGAGCACACAUUGCA